UCCCGUGGCGCCCUUCCUGGACUGGGCUGUACCGUGCGCGUGACGGCUGCGUGCGGCGGGGAUCAUGGCUGCUCGCAGAGCUCUGCACUUCGUAUUCAAAGUGGGAAACCGCUUCCAGACGGCGCGUUUCUAUCGGGACGUCCUGGGGAUGAAGGUUCUGCGGCAUGAGGAAUUUGAAGAAGGCUGCAAAGCUGCCUGUAAUGGGCCUUAUGAUGGGAAAUGGAGUAAAACAAUGGUGGGAUUUGGGCCUGAGGAUGAUCAUUUUGUUGCAGAACUGACUUACAAUUAUGGCAUCGGAGACUACAAGCUUGGCAAUGACUUUAUGGGAAUCACGCUCGCUUCUAGCCAGGCUGUGAGCAAUGCCAGGAAGCUGGAGUGGCCACUGAUGGAAGUUGCAGAAGGUGUUUUUGAAACCGAGGCCCCAGGAGGAUAUAAGUUCUAUUUGCAGAAUCGCAGCCUGCUUCAGUCAGAUCCUGUAUUAAAAGUAACUCUAGCAGUGUCUGAUCUUCAAAAGUCCUUGAACUACUGGUGUAAUCUACUGGGAAUGAAAAUUUAUGAAAAAGAUGAAGAAAAGCAAAGGGCUUUGCUGGGCUAUGCUGAUAACCAGUGUAAGCUGGAGCUACAGGGCGUCAAGGGUGCGGUGGACCAUGCAGCAGCUUUUGGAAGAAUUGCCUUCUCUUGCCCCCAGAAAGAGUUGCCAGACUUAGAAGACUUGAUGAAAAGGGAGAACCAGAAGAUUCUGACUCCCCUGGUGAGCCUAGACACCCCAGGGAAAGCAACAGUGCAGGUGGUCAUUCUGGCCGACCCUGAUGGACAUGAAAUUUGCUUUGUCGGGGAUGAAGCAUUUCGAGAACUUUCUAAGAUGGAUCCAGAGGGAAGCAAAUUGUUGGAUGAUACCAUUUUCCCAGGAAGUUCCCUCAUGCCCAUCUCCAAUGAGUUGGCACCCUCAUCUCCCAGAUCAGCUGCUAUUCUGACUUCUGUCACUGUAGGUGAGUUUGUUCUUGGACUUGAUACAAAUGGAAUCAUUCAGUAUUUUCUUUUCUUUUGUGCCUGGCUUCUUUUACUCAACGUGGUUUUUUUUUGGUUUUUUUUUUUUUUUUUGUGACAGAGUCUCGCUCUGUCCCUGAGGCCGGAGUACAGUGGCACGAUCUCGGCUCACUGCAAGCUUCACCUCCUGGGUUCACGCCAUUGUCCUGCCUCAGCCUCCCGAGUAGCUGGGACUACAGGCGCCCGCCACCACGCCCGGCUAAUUUUUUGUAUUUUUAGUAGAGGCGGGGUUUCACUGUAUUAGCCAGGAUGGUCUCGAUCUCCUAACCUUGUGAUCCGCCCGUGUCGGCCUCCCAAAGUGCUGGGAUUACAGGUGUGAGCCACCGCGCCCGGCCUACUCAACGUGGUUUUGAGAUUCCACCGUGUAACUGCAUAUCACAGCUCAUUUUUUUUUUAAUUGCUGACCGAUACUCAAUUUUAUAAAUAUAACGAUUUGCUCAUUCAUUCUUCCAAUGGUGGACAUUUGGUUUAUUUCUAGAUUUUUUUAUCUAUUAUAAGGAAGACUGCCAUGAACAUUCUUGUGUAAAUCUUCUUGUAGAUAGAUAGAUGUUUCAUUUCUCUUGAGUAAAUACCUAGGAGUAGAACUGCUUUUACUGUAUAAGAAAGUGUCAAAGAGUCAUCGAAAGUGAUCGGACCAUCGUUUGUCCAUGAGAGGUCCAGUCGCUCUACAUUCUCACCAACUCUUACUUUGCUUUUUGUGGGUUUUUUAGCUAUUCUAGCACAUAUGAAAUGGUUUCAUUGGUGCAAUCAAGCGAUCCUUCCGCCUCAGCCACCACAUAGCUAGGGCUGCACCCCUGUGCCCAGCUAAUGUUUUUUAUGUUUGUAGAGACGGAUUCUCACUGUGUUGCCCAGGCUGGCCUCCAGUGAUCCUUCCAGCUCAGUCCCACACAGGUUGAAUGUUUAUUUCCCUGAUGACUAAUGAUAUUGAGCACCUUUUCAUGUGCUUAUUGGCCAUUUACUUCUUUUUGUGAAUUUUAUGUUCAAGUCUUUUGUCCAUUUUUUAAUAAUUUUUAAUAUUUCAUGAUGAAAAAUUCCAAAUAUGCACAACCAAAGAGAGUACAACAGAUCCUUACGUGACUCUUACCUUGACUCUGUACCAUAGUUUUUCAUCAUUCCUUCGUCACUUGCAAAUUCAAGUAUUUUUCCCAGCCAUUAAUUGAGUUUUUGAAGAUGAGGAAUUUUUUAUUUUGGUGAAGUCCAGCUUAUGAACUUUUUCUCUUACAUGUAGUACUUUCUCUGUCCAGAUCAAUGUAUAUCCCGAGAACCUCUUCACCUAGGAAACCUACCACGUAUCAAACUCAGCGUGUCCAUAACUUAUCUUACCUCAAAUCCAUUCUUCUUCCAGUAAUAUUAAAUGAAGGCUACUUGGGAGUGUAGAUUCUGGGAAACCUGAAUCUAUGUUCCCGGGUUGCAGUCUUCAAGCUUGGCCCAGAUAAACUCUCUAUUUAUACUAAAAAUAUGUAAAUAAAUAAAAGUAAAAAGAAAUAAAUACUACUAUAUCAAUACGUCCUUAAGUGCUUUAUUUUUAUUUAUUUAUUUAUUUUUUUGAGAUGGAGUCUCACUCUGUUGCCCAGGCUAGAGUGCAGUGGUGUGAUCUCAGCUCACUGCAGCCUCUGCCUCCCAGGUUCAAGUGAUUCUCCUGCCUCAGGAGAGUAGCUGGGAUUCCCGAGUAGCUGGGAUUACAGGUGCGUGCCACCAUGUCCAGCUAAUUUUUGUAUUUUUAGUAGAGACAGGGUUUCACCAUGUUGGCUAGGCUGGUCUCAAACUCUUGACCUCAGGUGAUCCGCCUGCCUUGGCCUCCCAAAGUGCUGGGAUUACAGGGGUGAGCAACUGCACCCAGCCUUAAGUGCUUCAUAUACAUUCUCUGGUUCUGUUUUUUUUUUUUGAGAUGGAGUCUCGCUCUGUCGCCCAGGCUGGAGCGCAGUGGCGCAUCUCAGCUCACGGCAAGCUCCACCUCCUGGGUUCACGCCAUUCUCCUGCCUCAGCCUCCCGAGUAGCUGGGACUUCAGGUGCCCGCCACCACGCCUGGCUAAUUUUUUGUAUUUUUAGUAGAGACGGGGUUUCACUGUGUUAGCCAGGAUGGUCUCGAUCUUCUGACCUCGUGAUCCACCUGCCUCGGCCUCCCAAAGUGCUGGGAUUACAGGCGUGAGCCACCGCGCCCAGCCACAUUCUCUGAUUCUUACUAUAACCUGCAAGGUUGCUAGCAUCAGCCUUUGCAAAUGAGGAAACCGAGGCUAAGGAUGAGUAAGUCAUUGGCCCUCACCCUUGAAUACCAUACACUGAGUAAGUGGCAGGCAAGGGCUUGGAUGGUGAUGAAGUUAUUCCCCUUCAUCCCUGAAGAUCACACACUGAGUAGGUGCAGGCAGGGGCCUGGAUGGAUGCCUUUCAGGCUUUACAGUCAGUCCUUUUUCUUCCUCUGUGCCCUGCUCCCUCCCUGGACAGUACAGCGUAUCUGUGAUCCCAGUUGUUCACGCUGGAAUCCUCAGAGCCAGUUUUGGUGUUAUUUUGUUGUGUUUUGUUUUUUAACAUUUAAUAGACGUUUUAGAUUUACAGACAGUCACUUUUGACCAUUAUUUCUCCUCAUCCUUAAAUUAUUUUAGCUAUUAGUCACCAAGAGCUGUGAGUUCUACCUCUGAAAUGUUUUCUGCCUAUCAGCUUUCCCUUUGAAAGGUCUCAUUGUCACCUUACGGUCUGUCCCAAAGCAAACAUCCAGUAAUUUUUAAAACUGUUUAAUCUGAUAGCUCUCUCUUGCCUCUGAGAUAAAUUUCAAACUCUCUGACAGAGCAUGUGACAUAUUUGGACAUUCUCUACCCUCUGACCUGUCCCGCCUCCCUCCCUAAGUCCCCUAACUCAUCCCUAUUCCAGUCCCACUGAACUGGUUAUAUUAGCUAAGAUACCUCUUC